AAAGUUUUUUUUUAUGUGGUAACAUCAUACGUCUAAAUUGGAAUACAAAUGGCGGCUAUGUCCCCGUCUGAGCGGAGAUUACAAAAAGAACUAAUGUCCCUGAUGAGGGAGCCUCCACCGGGAGUCACCGUGGACGGAGAUCAGGCCAGCCAAAAUCUAACACUGUGGACAGUACACAUGGAAGGCGUCCCCGGCACCCUGUACGAGGGCGAGAACUUCGUCCUCCAGUUCAAAUUCACCAACAAGUACCCUUUCGACUCCCCGGAGGUCACAUUCAUAGGCAACAACAUCCCCAUACAUCCGCACGUUUACUCCAACGGGCACAUUUGCCUGUCCAUUUUAACGGACGACUGGUCGCCGGCGCUAUCCGUACAAUCAGUCUGUCUGUCUAUCGUAUCUAUGCUAUCGAGCUGCAAGGAGAAGAAACGGCCACCAGACAACUCGUUUUACGUCAAAACCUGCAGCAAAAAUCCUAAGAAAACAAAAUGGUGGUAUCACGACGACUCCGUGUAACCAGUAAGCACGUUGGCUGUAUCGCGCAUGGACGAUAUGUGAUCAGUGUCAGUGUCGAGUGUACAUACUUAUAUAGCGGGCCGCCGCGGGCUAUCGGUCGCGUUUUGUAUACAAAUACUGCUCAUUUAAUAUUGGAAAAUUAAAAUCUAGGACUAAAGCAAAACUACAGCUUACACAGUUCCAAAGGAAUCGUCACCGAAUCGAUUUAAAUCGAUUAAGGCGGGUUUUAGUGUCACGCGGACCGUCUGUGCGGAUCGCUCCGCGCCGCCAAAUGAGGGCUAUCGUUUUUUUGCUCACCAGUUGGCGCCUCUGUUGAUGGUGGUCCAAGACUAAAGAACAGCUGUCAGUCAUUGAAGUGACAAGUGACAUUUGACAUUUCGAACUAUGGAAAAGACCACCAUCUACACUAGCGCCCCUAGCGGCGAAUUCAUACGCGUUAGCCCUCAUUGUAUGAGAAAGCUGUUAGUUGUAAAACGCUUCCUGAAAAUACAUAUUGAUCUAGUGCGGAGCAAUCCUAUAAAAUCCGCCUUAUAGCCCUAACACAUCAUCGCACCGCAUCAAGGUUAUUGUGCGACGCACCCAUAAGUAAGAGCGAGAAAGAGAUUGCUUUCUUGCUUCGCACAAUGACCUUGGUGCGGUGCGACGGUGUGUUACGGCCUUAAGGUAGGCUCUGAAGACGCUGGCGACAUCGCUAAUGUCGCAUCCACACUCUUUACGAGCCUACAGGAGGGAAUGCGAGUACGAGAGUGUGGGUGCGCUCGUGUCCCCUCGGCUCGCUCGGGACGCGAGUCAAAAGCACAAUAUAUAAUAGUACUAGGUAUAGAAGAUUCACUCCCUAACAAAACGCGACUACGCGCAAGGCGGUGCAAGCGCGUGCAGGCGUCCGUUCCAUAGCGGUGUGCGGCAAUUACUAUGGCAAAACCUCAAAAAUGAGGCGGCCGCAGGUACUUGUAGCGACGCGACUAAAUCGCGGAGUGAGACACGCCUGGUCAAAGGACGCGAGGGGGUGAGGCGAGAGAAUCAACCACACUCUCGCGCUCGCUCACUUUGUGUUUGCUGCUGCAGAGAACAUCUAUACUGGACAAAAUUAUUUUUCAUAUAAUCUAUGCUAGAUUUACAUUGAUUAAUACUAAUUUUGGUUUUUUGGUACAUAUUUUAGGAAAUAGAGUGAAGAGUCACUUCAAUCACGUCCAUCUUGUUAGUAGACGUAGCGAGCAACUGAGAGAUUUUAAUUAUUAUCGCGAGAGUGUGGAUGGCUCGCACUCCUACGGCCUCCACCCGCCAAGACUCGCGCCGAGAGAGUCUGGAUCCGGCCUCAUGUGUAUGUGUAUGACAUGUCAUUUACUGAUACGGCGUUGACAAAUGGGGUGACACCUACUGAUAUUUCAUAUUUCCAAAAGGGAAACUUUAUUUUUCUUGUGAUAUAUAUAAUGUGGCAAAAUCCACUUUGUCAGUAGAAAAAGGCGCGAAAUUAAAAUUUUCUCUGGGAGGAUAACCCUUCGCGCCUACAUUUUUUAAAUUUUCCGCCUUGUUCUACUGACAGAAAUGGCUUGCUAAACUAUAUUUUAGAAUUGUCCGAAAACAUUUUCAGCUUUUUUUUUAACUUUCUUUUUCUGCAACUAGCACAUCUGUAGAUUCACCCUACACACACACACACACACACACACACACACACACACACACACACACACACACACUAAAGAUUAAUUUGUCGCGACAUUAAAAAAGGGUUCCUUUGUCACACAUAGUAGAUGCAAUGAUACUUUUUCUUGCUCCAGUUUUAAUACAUUGCUACAAGUAACAAAAUGUAUCAUAUGCGUUUUAUAAAUUUGCAAAAACAUGAUGGCUAGUUAAUAUUGGUACUAAAAAAUAUUGCUCAAGUGAUUCAUUAAAGUUACUUUAUCAACGUCUUAUCAUGAUGAUAAAGACUUAAAUGUGGUAUUUUCUAUAAAAAGGGACCUUAUUGUCGAUGGAGCUUACGCCAUUAUUAACGAUGCUCCAAAAUAAAUACAAUGCCGCGCGACGCUGUCCGGCGUAAGCGCCAUCGACAAUAAGGUCCCUUUUCAUAGAAAACGCCCCUAAUUGUAUUAUAAAAAAGGUAAUAAUCGGUAAUGAUAUACUUAUUACUUAAUCAUAUUUCUAUACAAAACACGGCCGACAUUACCAAUGGGAAAUCGUAUUUUGUCAGUGCUAAAUAAAUGUAAGUAGCAUAAUAGGAUAUGAAAUCAAAUAAUGUACUGCUUAGAUCCGGAAAAAUUGUUUGUCGAAUUCAAAUUGUAUAUAAUUAUUGAUUAUAUUUAUGAUGCAACCAGAAACAUGAUCAUUAUACGAAUGUGUUAUAGUAUUUCUCAAUUUUAUUAAAAUUGGUUAUAGACACAGCUGAAAACUAGACUGAAAUAUUAUUGUUACUCGGUUAUUUUUUUCUUAGUGUCCAUGACAGUUUUGUAUGAAAAAUUAUGUGCCUAUAGUCGUUGUCACAUUUAUACAAGUUACAUAUUUGCAAGUAUAAUUAAUUAUUUCAUCUUUGUUUGAUAAAAACAUGUAAAAACUAAUGAUUAUGUUUCUAGUUAUCUUUUUAUUGCCUAAGAGCAGGUAAUCAGUUUAAUUUUUGGAUAUUUUUGGAAAAAUAAACAAGAUACAAUAUAUUUCCAAAAAAUGCCUUUAUUAUCAGCUUUGUACGUUUUGCGUUUAUAAGAGCAAGUUUAAUACUUAAAUAUAUACACAUUACUUUUCACAGUAAAACACCUUGAUAUGUAUUAUAAAACCAAAGGUUUGGAUAUAUACUGUUCCCAAAUUAUGUGUGAAAUUACUAUAUGUAAUCUAAAUACCUGUUUUAAGUGUGAUAUAUAGACCAGGAAGUAAUUUAUGGAUCCCUGUCAAAUGUUAUUGUGAUGUCUACAAUUUGGUGUCCGUGACCAGGAUACGGGAACCUGGACAGUUGAUAAAAUCUAUACGGUGUUAACCUAAAUCCACUCAAAAGCUAUAAAAAUGGCUCAUUUUGUAUUGAAAUCGUACAGAUUAGACUGUAAGGGAUACUUUUGAUCGCGACCUGUAGAGAUUUAUCUCUAUUUAGAAAAGUUAUCCAGGGUGGCAGAUACUUUUGGCGCGUUAUUUCAUCCGCCACUAUUGAUAACUGUACGAUUUCAUUGCUCUCAAAUGCACUAAUUGCUUUUUAAACUGUCUUUUCAACUGAACCUUGUCAUCUCACAAGAAGUAAAUGUCAAAAUGAACUAAUGAAAUUUAUCUCAAAGAACUUCCUGGUCACUAAAAUAUAGUAAUAUACUCAGAUAAUUGAUUUGUGUUUUCAAAUUGUUUGGCUAUAAUUUACUGGCGAACCCACUUUUGGACGUAACUUUAAGUUGCGGUCGCCAAAACUGUGGUCAAAACCGAAUUGUAUUCAUAUCGUUGCAUAUUUUAUAUGUGAUGUUUGAUGUUUGUCAACUAAAAUUAUUAUAAAAAAUUAUGCUGGUACAUAUUUGGCAGAAAGGCACAGCAAUUAAAAAAAAUAUCCAACUAUUUUUAAACCCCUCUUAAGUUUGGCCUGUAACGAAAAUGUAAAAAAAAAAUUUAGGCAGCAGUCACACCGCUGACAAUUAACGAGACGCAAUUUUUUUUAAGAGCGAGGAUUUUGCUUGCGUGUCAUUGAUUCAAUAUCAAUAAAUGAAACUAAAGAAAAUAAUAAUAGAAAAUAAUCAAUUGCUAUUCGCUUUCUUGUCAGCGGUGGGAGAGGCACAUCUUGUCAUAAACUUUCCUGUGCUAUUCUGUCAAAGAAAAAAAAAUGUGUACAUCCCUAAUUUAAUGUCUACUAUAUCCAAGUACAUCAUGUAAAAUAAAUAAAAUAAUUUAUCCUAUAGCCUCUAGAAUUCUAGAUCAAAUUAUUGCACAAUAUAGUAUUCUACAUAUAGACAGAAAGCUAGAUAAUAUUGUGCAAUCAAUUGACCGCGGGGCAUAUCGCAUCUGUUAGGAUUGGUCAAUUAAAUUUGAUUUAAGCCAUAUAUUCACUGAGAAUUAUUUUACUCUAUAAAAUGUUUAUAAAAAUAUUUCUUAUAGAAUUAAAAUUGAUUGAACAUGUUGACGCCAAGAACGCUUAUAAGUGUUAUGGCCUUAUAGCGUAUGAUAUCAAUGUAACCUUCUUGCUUUCAAAUAAGAUCUAUAUUGGCUUGCUUGCGCCCAUGAUGUUGGCGUGUGAACUGUGUGACAUAAAAAAAUUAAAUGUUUCUCAGUGAAUGAAUAGAUUUAGAGUAAGUGUUGAUGUCUCAAAUAUGUAACCGUGAGUCAUUUUGGAAUUUUAUUUAAAGAGGUCUACCGGUGAAUGAAAUCUAUGUAAAUGUGAAAUAUGGCGGAAUUGACGAAUAUUAAGUGCUGAAUUCGUAAAAUCAUUUCGGCACCAAGGACUGGAGACUGAAAGUUGAUUCUGGUUUUAAUUAAUUAUUUUGAUCUUCUCAAUGGAAUUUUCAUAAUCUUAUGUCGUUCCAUUGUGCGAAUUUAUUAAUAUCAUGUAAAAAAAAUGCGUCGUAGGUUAUCACACCCAUAUAGCACCUUUAUUACUGUUAUGGCUAACGCUGUCAAUCUUCAUGAUUAAUCAUGAUUUCAACCAAGAUUUGUAACUUUUAGAUAUGGGUUAUUCCACAAAAAUGUAACACGAGUCACUGUUUCAUUGCGUGUCUUUUUAUUAUUUCAAGAUACAAAUUUAAGCGUCAGAUAUUGUUAGAUAAAUAACGUUUAAAUUUUACAUCCAUAGGAUCUGUACUAUCGCCUACCCUGUUCCUUCUGCAUAUCAAUGAUAUGUUAUCAACUAACAAUAUUCAUUGCUAUGCGGAUGACAGCACUGGCGAUAGCUGUUAUACAGGUCGUGCAAACGCCCCCCUUGAGCAGGUGCAGGAUGCGACUUGUGUCUGAGAUCGAGACGUCCCUUGAACAGGUCUCCGAAUGGGGUAGACGUAACCUCGUCCAGUUCAACCCCAGUAAGACACAAGUCUGCGCGUUUUCCGCCAAAAAAACCCCAUUUGUCACGGCGCCAAAGUUUCAGGGCAUUCCCCUUACCACCGCUAAAAGUAUCGGGAUACUUGGUGUCGACAUUACGAAGUCCAGUUUCGUAGUCAUCUGGAACAAAAAGCCAAACUGGCCUCCAAAAAGCUUGGGGUGCUUAACAGAGCCAGACAGUACUUCACACCGGGUCACCAACUUUUGUUAUAUAAAGCGCAGGUUCGACCCCAUAUGGAGUACUGUUCUCAUCUCUUGUCUGGCGUUCCACAGUACCAGCUCCUUCCCCUUGACUCCAUCCAACGGCGGGCAGUUCGUAUUGUCGGCAAUCCCGAACUUACUGACGGCUUAGAACUUCUUAGUCUUCGGAGAGACGUUGGCUCUCUGAUUGUACCGUCUGUACAUCUGUACAUGGGGAAUGUUCCGAGGAACUGUUUAAUCUGGUGCCAUCGUCUCGUUUCUAUCACCGCACCUCCCGCCAAAAGAACAAAGCUCAUCCUCACUUCUUAGACACAUGGCAUACCAAGAAUAAGCGGGCAUCUCGCUCGUUUCUUCCCAGAACGUGCAGAAUGUGGAAUGAGUUGCCUCCUGAGGUAUUUCCUUUGUGCUACGACAUGGGAUUCUUCAAGAAGCGGGUAUUUAGGGUUCUCAAGGGUCGGCAAUGCUUAAGUGGCUUAUGUCCAUGGGCGAGAAUGACUGCUUCCCAUCAGGCGGCUCGUCUGCUCGUUUGCUAUCACAUAAAAUAAAAUAAAACCUAAAUAAAAUGAACACGCAAUAAAUGGGGUUGGCAAAUGUCAAAGGUUUUUUUAUAUAGAUGGCGGGGCGGUAACACUACUCGUAGGAUUUACAGGUUGACGCUUAGAGGAUAUAACCAAACGGAGUAGCCAUUAACAACCGUUCCCCUCUGUCGGAAAUAGUCGGCCAAUGGUCAUACACAAUGUAUGGACUGACGUUUAUCUGACACGGCUAUUUUGACGUUACGUAUACAUCUGACGUCUCCCCGCAAAAAUUAGCAGACUUGUACAGCAAAUUACAGACAAGGCGUCUCCGUUGGUUAUAUCCUCCAAGGGUUGACGCGAUUUGUAAAAUACUUUGACCGGCCAC